CCAUCAGAUUUGCCCUGCACUGACACAGAAUCUGGAGAGAGAGAGGGUCACAAAUACAGCUUUUUUUUCCUGCCCGUUGACAGAUAGAACCUCAACCAAGCCAAAUUAAACUGAACAAAGCUGACUCUCUCUCUCUCUCUCUCGCCCUCUCUCUCUGUUGGAGAAAAAUCUCGCCGAUUUGUACUGUUCCAUUCGGUUUGGUCUUUCAAUACCAAAUUUACCCUUCCUUUUGACUGACAUUUUUCUUUUCUGCAACGCGUAAAGCAAUAGUUUCACAUUUUCUUAUCUUUUAAUUUCUCUUCAAAACCAAGUUUCAGUUCAUGUUCAAGCGCAGCUAAAUCAAAUCAUUUUAUUUCAUCUGCGCUUACUAAAUACACCAGACAAAUUGAUUAAUCAACUCAUGUACGCUUACUAGUCUUGACUCCUUCAAGUUGCGGGCUUGCAGAGCUUGAGAUUUGGAGAAGGUAAAUACUCUCUCACUUUAGAUCAGAGAAGAGAGAAGCAGAAACGGAGGCGUUUUGCAAGAGGAAAUGUAGAGUAUCUUAUCUGAGCUGCAUUGCUUGCUUCAACUCUGUUCACUUACCGUUUCAUGACAGUGACCCAUGCUUUGGACUGUCAAAGUAAAAUGAUGGGCCCGCUGUCCUUUAGGCAAAUACAACAAUUUUUUUAAACAUCUAAACUGUCUCCUUACGUUUCAGAAAAGAAGAAGAACAAGCGUGGAGUGGGAGAAUGGGAUCAAUUGGCAAGGAAGAACUGCUGAAGAUGGAGAAGAUGCAAAUGGCGAGUGCCCGCGAGGAGAAGAUUCUUGUUUUGGUGAGGUUGAGGCCUUUGAGCGACAAGGAGAUUUUGGCAAAUGAAGUUGCAGAUUGGGAAUGCAUCAAUGACACCACCAUCUUGUACCGGAAUACCCUCCGUGAAGGCUCCACGUUUCCAUCAGCUUAUACUUUUGACAGAGUAUUUCGAGGUGACAAUGCUACAAGGGAAGUGUACGAGGAAGGAGUUAAGGAAGCUGCCCUUUCAGUUGUCAGCGGUAUUAACUCAAGUAUCUUUGCUUAUGGGCAAACGAGCAGUGGAAAAACAUACACCAUGAUGGGAAUAACUGAGUAUACAGUAGCAGAUAUAUUUGACUAUAUACAUAGGCAUGAAGAAAGAGUAUUUGUCUUGAAGUUCUCAGCAAUUGAGAUAUACAAUGAAGCUAUCCGAGAUCUGCUUAGCACGGACAGCACUCCACUUCGACUGCUGGAUGAUCCAGAGAAAGGGACUGUAGUUGAGAAAGCCACUGAGGAAACACUAAAGGACUGGGAUCAUCUAAAGGAGCUUCUUUCUGUUUGUGAAGCUCAAAGACGGAUAGGGGAGACGUCCUUGAAUGAGAAAAGCUCCAGAUCCCAUCAAAUUCUUAGACUAACAAUUGAAAGUUCUGCUUGUGAAUUCUUGGGCAAGGAAAAUUCGACCACUCUUUCUGCCACUGUGAAUUUUGUUGAUUUGGCAGGAAGAGAGCGCGCAUCUCAGGCACUAUCCACUGGAGCAAGAUUAAAAGAAGGUUCCCACAUUAACCGAAGUUUACUGACUUUGGGAACCGUUAUUCGCAAGCUAAGUAAUAGGAGGCAGGGACACAUCAAUUACAGAGAUUCUAAGCUGACACGGUUAUUGCAGCCUGCAUUGGGUGGCAAUGCUAGAACUGCCAUCAUCUGCACAUUGAGCCCUGCACGUAGCCAUGUUGAGCAAUCUAGAAAUACUCUUUUGUUUGCUUGUUGUGCAAAGGAAGUUACUACAAAAGCACAGGUCAAUGUGGUCAUGUCUGAUAAGGCAUUGGUUAAGCAUUUGCAAAAGGAGGUGGCUAGGUUGGAGAGUGAGUUGAGAAGUCCUGACCUUGCUUCCUCAACUUGUGAUUACACAUCUCUACUGAGACAGAAAGAUCUUCAAAUUCAAAAGAUGGAGAAGGAGAUUAGAGAGUUGACUAACCAAAGGGAUCUUGCUCAUUCUCGAGUAGAGGAUUUGCUGCGAGUGAUUGCAAAUGAUCAAAAUUCAAGAAAGGAGAAUGGCAUCAGUCAUUGUCAUAAUAUGCAAGCAGGGGAUACUUGGGAAAAUGAAUGUUCAGUAUCCAAAUCAUCAGCCAUGGGUGAUCCUCAUUAUCUGAAUAGAGGUGCUGGAAAGUUUGGCCCUGCUUGUUAUGGUGAAGACAAUGGGAGCAAUGAUGAGGAACCCUACUGUCUUCUUGACAACACCGACAGAGAUAAACCAUCUGAUGGUUCUUCUCCUCCAAUGUCAAUAGGAAAGAAGAUUGUCAGAUACAAUUCAUCUCAGAGUCUAGAGGAUGCUGCAGAAGAAGAUGCUGAUGACUACUGCAAGGAAGUUCAGUGUAUUGAAAUGGAAGGGAUAAGGAACGGGAGCAAUUUCAGACACCAUUCAGUAUCAAAUGGUGAGAAUGAAGGAACUUUGGCUUUGACAGCAUUCAGGGAUGGAGCCACAGCAGGUACCGGAAUAUCCCCUCCAGUUAAUAGAGAUAGAGAAGGGAGUCACGUGCAAAAUGGAUAUAAUGUGUUGGAGCAGAGAUUGCAUCAUGUGCAAAGGACCAUUGAUGCUCUGGUCAGUCCUUACCCUGAUGAAUCAUCUCCACAGUCCUCAGCAGCUGAUAUGUCUACUUCUAGAAACCUGAACUUAACAAGGAGCAGGAGUUGUAGAGAGAAUUUCAUGAAUGACCCUUCUCCUGGAUUUGAGAAGGCAGAACAAAUUGAUAGCACACCACCUAAUGGAUCUGGGAAGAAAUUUACGGGGAGACCAGCAGGACCCCGAAGGAAAAUUCCUCCACUUGAUUUUGGUGCCAGUGCUACAAUAUUGUCAAGAAAUGACUCUCAGUCAUCUCUCGGAAGUGCUUGCACAGAUGACUUCAGAGCACAGAGCAUCAGGACUUCUGCAGAUGAGGACAUUCCUAGCAUCCACACUUUUGUUGCAGGAAUGGAGGAGAUGGCCCAGGAGGAGUAUGAGAAGCAACUUGUUGAUGGUCAGCUUGGUUUGAUUGAACAACAGGUUCAGGAGACAGAGGCAUCGACAAUGGCUGAUAAAUAUGAAAAGAGUUCAAGAGAUAUAGGAUUGGAUCCUAUGCAUGAAUCUUUGAAAACUUCUCCCAAUUGGCCUCUUGAAUUUGAGAGACAGCAGAGAGCAAUGCUGGAACUCUGGCAAACUUGCAAUGUGUCAUUGAUCCACAGAACUUACUUUUUCUUGCUCUUUCAAGGUGAUCCAACAGAUUCCGUAUACAUGGAAGUGGAGCAUAGGAGACUUUCCUUCCUCAAGGAAACAUUUUCUCAGGGAAAUCAGGGUGUGGGAGGUGGUCGGGCUAUCACACUAGCUUCAAGCUUGAAGGCUCUUCAUCGUGAGAGAGGGAUGCUAAGCAAGCUGAUGAACAAGAGGUUUUCAGAAGAAGAGAGAAUCAGACUUUACAAGAAGUGGGGUAUUGCGCUGAACUCAAAGCGUAGAAGGUUGCAGUUGGCAAACCGCGUAUGGAGCAACACAAAGGACAUUAACCAUGUCACGGAAAGUGCUGCCGUUGUCGCAAAGCUGGUUAGAUUUGUGGAACAGGGACAAGCUCUCAAGGAGAUGUUCGGGCUUAGUUUUACUCCCCCGAACUCAAGCACAAAGCGAAGGUCCUUGGGAUGGACAUACAGCAAGUCAUCCCUUUUGUAGGCUUCCUUUUGUGCCAUGUAACACAACUGGAGAUGUGAUUUGUUGAAUCAGGCCCAUGUAUCAUUGUUUUCAUGGAUGAAAUCCUCUCCCAUUGUUAGAGCUGUAAAAAUUGCAGGAAGCUUGAAUCAUGUUAGAAGUUGAACUGGGUUUUGCUUUGCCCAUUCUGUUCAUGUUUGUGCAUUUGAAAUCUACUAUUAUAUUUUUAAAAUUUGUUGUAACGCUUUUUUAGAUAGUUA